GAGGAUGACGAGGAGAGGAGAGGAGAGAUGGGGUCCCCAGAUACCACAUAGCACUGGUGGCACAAGAGGUGGGAGGUGUUUACUUUUGCUCUCUGUCUGCGUCAGGGUUCCUGUAUGCCGGUUUGGCACCCUCUGACAGAAAGCGAAGAUUGGGAGCAACCUCAUGGGAACUUCCUAGAGUCAGGGCUGGGAAAAGAAAGAAUCCGAGAUUGGUAAGGUGUAGGGAGGCCAGAAAGUGGGAAGGAAGAAGCGCUCCCAGGAAGAGCCAGAGGACGCCAGGGCUGUCCUGAGUGCGAGAGAAUCCCCAAGGCGCCCGUCUACUUCACGCUCACGUGCGGGCCUGUGAGCAAAGAGCAGAGAACAAGAGCAGGAGUCGCCGGCUGGAGAGGAGGCGCGCCACGGACGCCGGCCGGGCGUGCUGCCGGGCGCGGAGCCCAGGGGCGGACCAGUCGCUGGGAAGCCGUGCGGCGCGCUGGGAGGCGGCGGCGACGACAGCGGGGCUUCCCCCAGGCUUCCCUCCCGGGUCCUGGGCGCCGGGCGCAGGGGGCGAGCCCAGGACGCGGAAACAGGCGCCGAGCCCAAGUGAGCUGGGAGUCCCCGAAGCGCCCCCGAUCGGCGCAAUCGCGAGUGGGUCCCGAAGAGGCAGCGCAGUGUCUGGGUGCCUGGGUGUCCGGGAGCCCAGAGCGCGAGGCUGGGGCUGAGCCCUCCCCGCCGCCCCCACCUCGCUCCCGCCUCCCUCCCCCGCCCGCGGCCUACAGCGCGCCUCCCUCACCACCCAGGCUCAGGGGAGCCGCUCGGGCCGAGCCGUGGGAGCCACGGACAGCGCCAGCUGCCGCUGCGGGAGCUACUCCGGCUGCACCAUGCGGGAGCUCGCCAUCGAGAUCGGGGUGCGAGCCCUGCUCUUUGGGGUCUUCGUUUUUACAGAGUUUUUGGAUCCAUUCCAGAGAGUCAUCCAGCCGGAAGAGAUCUGGCUCUAUAAAAACCCUUUGGUGCAGUCAGACAACAUUCCUACCCGCCUCAUGUUCGCAAUUUCUUUCCUCACACCCUUGGCUGUUAUUUGUGUGGUGAAAAUUAUCCGGCGGACAGACAAGACUGAAAUUAAGGAAGCCUUCUUAGCGGUGUCCUUGGCUCUUGCUUUGAAUGGAGUCUGCACAAAUACUAUUAAAUUAAUAGUGGGAAGACCUCGCCCCGAUUUCUUUUACCGCUGCUUUCCAGAUGGGGUGAUGAACUCAGAGAUGCACUGCACAGGUGACCCUGACCUGGUGUCCGAGGGCCGCAAAAGCUUCCCCAGCAUCCAUUCCUCCUUUGCAUUCUCGGGCCUCGGUUUCACAACAUUCUACCUGGCUGGCAAGCUGCACUGCUUCACGGAGAGUGGGCGGGGGAAGAGCUGGAGGCUCUGCGCAGCCAUCUUGCCCUUGUACUGUGCUAUGAUGAUCGCCUUGUCCCGCAUGUGUGACUACAAACAUCAUUGGCAAGAUUCUUUCGUUGGAGGGGUGAUUGGCCUCAUUUUUGCCUAUAUUUGCUACAGACAGCAUUAUCCUCCUCUGGCCAACACAGCGUGCCACAAACCGUAUGUCAGCCUCCGAGUGCCCACUUCACUGAAGAAGGAAGAGAGGCCUACAGCCGACAGUGCACCCAGCUUGCCUCUGGAGGGGAUCACCGAGGGCCCCGUAUGACGGGUGCCGAAGGAGGAUGGACACUGAGCCCCUGGCUCUUUCUUUCUUCUACCCUGAUAUCAUAACACAGUGGAAAGGGUUUUCCGUAAUGUGAUUCUCAUCAGUUACUCUGAAGUCCCCCCAGCUUCCAUUCUGUGGAUGGUGUCCUUGCAACUCUCCAUGUCUCCUUUCAACACUUUCAGUUUCUAAGGUUGGGACACCAGGAUCAGUCUCUGAGAGACCCAUGCACAAAAAAAAAAAAAAAAAAAGAAAAGGAGGAUGCAAGGGUGGGGCAGGCGUGCUUGCUCACCCAGUGAUUCCUUUACCUGAGGUGUUUUCUGUAGCACCCGCCCUCCUCUGUGUUCAUGUUGUAAUAUAUAAUAAAGUCUCCUACCCAGAA